UCAAUUUUAUUCAGGCACACUCUGACAGCUACAGUGCAGUCACAAUGUUGCUUGCACCUGUGUUAUUUUUGUUUGCUUCUUCCAUGACGAUUGUCUCAGGGGCAGAUUGGUGCUACCAGUCCCAAGUUACAUGUAGUCACGCCUGCACAGGUCCAGCGGUAUGGGAAGUGGUUUCACAGCACUGCAAUGGCAGACGUCAGUCUCCAGUUAACAUUGUUACAAGGAGAACCAAACCAGAUGAACGUCUCACUCCUUUUGAGUUCAUUGGCUAUCAAGAGGCUUUUCAUGGACGCCUCCUAAACACCGGCCACACAGUUCAACUGGAUUUGCCCUCCGGUAUAAGGAUCGAAGGAGGAAAUUUGGCUGAACCAUACAAGGCACUUCAGCUUCACCUGCACUGGGGCGAAAAUGGAGGACCGGGAUCAGAACACACCCUUGAUGGAGAACAGUUUCCAAUGGAGAUGCAUAUUGUACACAUAAAAGAAGACUACGACUCUUUGUCCCAGGCUGUAAGAGACCGCACAGGCGUGGCUGUUCUUGGAUUUUUCUUUAAGGAGUCCAAGUCUGCAAAUAAGAAAUUUGAUCCACUUCUUAAUGCCCUGAAAUACAUCACACGACCCACCAACAUCACAAUACUGAAGGGUGUGUCCCUGGAAAUGUUGAUUCCUCCCCAGAAGAAUAUGAACAAGUACUUUCGCUAUGACGGCUCCCUCACUACACCCAACUGUGCUGAAGCUGUCGUCUGGAGCUUGUUUGAAGACACCAUUCCUCUUAGCAGGAAGCAGCUCGCUACGUUCUCAAGGCUGAAGUUUUCUGAUGGAAAGCAGAUGGUAAAAACCUUCAGACCAGUGCAGCCCUUGAAUGGACGGGAGGUGUAUUACUCCGGAGGCCAUGUUGCUCUGGUUAACACUGUGCUAGUCAUCAUGUCAGUGCUGGUAUCCAGUGCACUCUCCUUCCCUGCCUGUGUUCAAUUAACUCAACCUCUAUGAAUAAAUACUGUGGUCUAUGUCCACUGAUGAUUGUCAAAUAUGUGAAAUAUAAUGUACUAUAUAUUUAAAAGUAAUACGUGAAUCUACUGUAUACUGAUAAUCUUUCUUUCUUGAUUGCUGCAGCAGCUCUAUAAUGUCUUCCUGAGGGCAGUUUUUAAAUUCUUUAAAAGGCAGAUGAACAGGACCAGCCCCAGUUUGCAACACUUUUUGUUUUACUUGCAUUUAAUGCAUACAUUCCAGUUGUUUCUGCUCUUUCUCGAUAAUUUUACUGACCAUGUUUGUGAUUCUGGACAGUCUGUCUGUGUUCUUAGCCCCCCGGUGCCCAUACCACAUACAUAUGUUACUGUAAAAGUUAAAAUACAUCCAACAAGACUCUAAAAUGUUCUUGCUUAUAUUGAAUUAAUCUAAUUUCCUGAUUAGAUACAACCACUGCAUUGCUUUUUAAAAAAUGUUGUCUGUAAAACUUUCAGUGUAAUCAAAAAGGUUCCUGAAUAUUUGAACUCCUCCAUUGCUUCAACAGGCUGAUCAUUAAUCACAACAGGUGGAGAAUAACAGCAGACAUUGUGUUGAUUCAUAAUCUACAGACUGUGUGUGAUUUUACUGAUGUAAAGACAAUCUCAUACUUCAAAACAUGUAUCAUGAGCACUUUCUCUGUAUAUUCCAGUUGUGUAUUUCACUUUUUGACUCAUGGUUUCUCUCUUUUGAUUUCUGGAACAAACAGCACUGAAGUUCACUGACAAUAUUCAUCAAUUGUUUUUACUCUGGAAGUUUCUAAGUACAAAACAAUUUAUGGACUUGGGGACUAAUAGUAGAUAUUGUUAUAUUGCCUCUUGUGAUAUGUUAUCACAAUAAACAGACACAGUGAUACUUCUGUGAUACUAUGUCCUUCCUGUCUUGCAGACAUUUGUACUCUAAACUGUCCUUUCUUGAACUUCAGGGGUUCAGACUUUGGUACAUGCUGUUUUAUAUCAGUUGUGUGUAAAACAUUAUGCAAUUGAUCAAUAUCUAAAUAAAAUCUGAUUUCAUCAUUAA